GGUUUGGGCUUCACUCGGGAAAGCUGUUACUCCAUCCAUGGUUGUAAACAGUCCAUGUGAGGUAAGGGACGCACAACGAUGAAAAAUAAACAUAACAACGUAACGUAAAAAUCGGCUUAAUUUAUUUGUACGAAAUUCUUUCUCCUUUUGCCGAUGCUGCUUGUUUUCAUGAUAUCUUAAAUCUGUCACCAUAGAAGCACCAAACUGUUUAAAAUAACAGAAACCUUCGUCGGACGAUUUGGAGCGACACCAAUUGAUGAAGAGUCGACGGAUUAUUUACUACACAUUGUUUCUGCGCUGUGUAAACAUGAGAUUUUGGCAGUGACAGACCGCUCAGAGAGAUAUUGCAGGGCAUGUACACACACACACACACACACAAACACACACACAAACACACCCUCUUCUGGCACUAUUUAUAGCUGUUAGGGUCUGGAAUGCUUUGAUUUGUCUUAGCACCCAUGGCUGUUAAAGAAGAGCUGCAGAUGUGUUUCCCUGCCCUCUCUAAUGACACCGCCUAAUGCCUCCCUAAACAAGCCAACCACCCGCCCACAUAAGUCCAACACACUCUGGAUUAAAUGUAUUCUGUUCGCUGAUAAAACAAGCGAUUAAUAAGGAUUGCUGAGGCAGUUGAAUUCAUGGAUCUGCUUUGCUUUGACGACCUAAUAUUGACUUAUUUUAUCAAUAACGUGCCGAUAAAUACAGAGAGGUUAUGAAAUACUGGACGGAAUUGGAAACCUGGACAAGACAGAAAUAGUGUAGACCAGCAGGGGGGUUGAUAUUGUUUCAUGGGAUUUCAUAAUGCUGCGCUCAAAAGGGAAAAAUCCAUGAGCUAGUUUGCCACUUUUCCACUGGACUUAAGAUGCUCGAGUUCUCUCUACAAACAUCCGAGUAUCGAUCAGAAUCCUGUUACAUAAUGAGGCGGUUUUUCAGCCGCUUGUAGAUGUAUACAGUUUCCAUGUUGAUGGAACGUAUUAGUUCAUUCAUACAACUCGGAAAAAGAGGGGAAAUGUUUUCCAGGGAUCUCAAGUUGUGGCAGGAAGGAAAUAAGAUUCCUUAUUGCACAAUGACAUGCCAGCACUGCACCCAGACUGAAAUCCUGUCAGUAGUGGUCUGAACGCUCGCAGUGCUGCACGUCUCACAGCUAGAGAAGAAAAAAGAUGAUUAUCAAACAAAAUCUGAUUUUUCGAUGCUGCUUUUUUAAUAAAUUAUGAGCCAUGACCUCUUUUAAACUCAUAUUGAAGUCCUCUUUUACUCCCAAAUGUCUGAUUGUUGAAAUAUGUCCUGUGAGGAAUUUUAGGUAGUUAUGAAACCAACUUGAAAUGAACAGUGACGUCCCUUUAGGGCCUUAAAAAGCAAACAAGACAAUGCAGCUUUGUUUAACAGCUGCAAAACGGCAUGGUGUCAGGUGAGGCAAUAACAGCACAGAGAUAGAAAACCUCUGAUUUUUACUUUUUCACAUCAAAUACCAACAAUGAGUGAUAAAUCUGACUGUACAGAAACCAGGAUGAUUAAAAAAUGUUAAAAACAUGUAAAGAAAGUGGAUAAAAGAUCUCAGUUUGUCUACACAGGGCACCGAAAUGAACUCUAAUCAAGGGUUAAAGUCAAAAUGUGAAAAUGAUGUCAAAGUUAGGUGUAGAAUAGGUUAUAUAAGAUUAAAUUAGACUGUUUCAUGCUCUCCAAUGGGGACAAUUCUUUUUGAAAAUAUGUUAUUUCAAUCUUAUUUGUCGUAUUUUUGUCUUUGGAUAGAGUAGAAAGUGGAAACCUGGCUGUCUGCUUUGAGGGUCAAGACCUCUGAGCAUGGGGGCCAUGACUGAUUCACUCAGUUUCUUAUUUGAGGAAAUUAAGAAAUGUGUUUUUCUAUCUUAGCUAGCUUUAGCAUGAUAGUGUAGAUUGUAGGUUAAGACAAAACUACUUCUCUCAGUCGUCUAGUUCAACUGCUAUGAUUAUAGUGAAGAAAGAAACUGUAAAACUCAGAUGAGCAAAGGCAAAGAUAUCAGAUAUUUACGAAUGUUAAAAUUAGCCUCAGAGGUAGGGCUGGCCAAUAAACCGAAAAUUUACAGAAACCGAUAUCUACGACAAUAACCGUAUCAUUUUGCAUGUAUUGGUAUAUUCAGUGUCAGAAAAAUUAAAGUUUGUUUUGGAUGUGUGAAGGUAGGCUAUGGUCUCAUGUCCCUUUAAGAUGCCGGAGCGGCGGCUGAAGUAGACGAAGUUAAUGUGGGAGGGGGUGAGCAGCUUGUGGAGUAGUUAUCGUCCAUUUAUCGUUAUCAAGAUGACCUGCUCAAUAUGUCGUGGUAUUGAUUUUAGGCCAUAUCGCCCAGCCCUAUGAUCGCCUCUUCAAAUUGAACAGUUGGAUUUACUGAUUUUUUCUAAAAUCCACUCCUUUCGUGAGAGCGACAAACUGUGUUUAUUCUUGAGACAUUCAAAAUUUACUGAUACCGAAAUUUACGACAAUAACCGAUGUCAUUUUGCCCGUAUUGGUAUAUUCGGUGUCAGAAAAACUAAAGUUUGUUUUGGAUGUGUGAAGGUAGGCUAGGUCUCAUGUCCCUUUAAGAUGCCGGAGCAGCGGCUGAAGUAGACGAAGUUAAUGUGGGAGGGGGUGAGCAGCUUGUGGAGUAGUUAUCGUCCAUUUAUCAUUAUCGAGGUGAACUGAUCAAUAUAUUGUGAUACUGAUUUGAGGCCAUAUCGCCCAGCCCUACUCUGAGGGACAAAAACUUUCAAACACCGGGUUGUGAAGACGUUUAAACCUGCUUUUGAAUAUGCAAAUAUUAAAUUAACUCGCUUUUAGAGCAAGCUUCUAGUGGCCACUUGAGGAAUUGCAGUUUUCUGACCUAUUACCAGCAUUUUUCAGCCUGGCAUAGUUGUACUAAGAUUUCAACCCAGUUAGAGAAAGAAUUCAACAAUCUGUCCUGCUAUUCCUAAAUAAACAAGAAGCCAAAAUUUAAAGUUCCUGUGAGAUACUUUUGGUUUGAAGGCAUGAAUACGAAUUUCAGUCUAUCUUAUAAAUCUCACAGGAGCUUUAACCACUUAGAGAAUCAGCGGUUUAAUGAUAACAAACCUUAUCAGAGUGAAUCAAAGCAGGUCAUGUAUCAGAAAACAGAUCUAAUGACCUACAUGGAGGCAAAAGUCCAUGCCUCCCUCUGCCCCCUGAAUUUCCUCUCAAAGUUUUCCAUGAGACACGACUCAAUUAACCAUUUCCAUAUUGAGGUUCCACUGCUCGGGUUUAAAAGCUCAACCACACAUGUUACACUUGGAAAACUCAAACAGGGCAAUGCUCUAACCCAGACAACUCUACCUCAAUGAGCUGUUUUUACAGUGAUGGAAAAUACUGCAUGAACUCGGAAAAAGUGGGCUCUCCGUGGAGAGAAAAAAAAAAAGAGAGACGGAAGUGCAAAGUCGGCCGUCUGGACACAGGCGGGUUUUCCUUUCUUAAGCGUGUGCCGUAUUCAUUUACUCAUUCAUAAUUUGAGUUGCAUAAGAGUUCCGUAACAGCGGAGGAAUUUACUUCUGGACAACGAGGCUGCUGCUGCUGGACGGUAACCCCUAAAAAAAGAGAGGGCUCUCUGGUCACCGCGGCAGAACAAACCGGGAUCCCCUCACUCAGGGCUAAUCCAUGUCUCAAUCCAAAACAGAUCCUCUGAUUACCCCCCCAACCCCCUUUCCUUCCUCUAGUACACACAUUUUCCUAUGAAUGGCCUUGAGUCUGACAUGUCUGAUGUAAGCACCGAGCAGUCGCUGAGGCCAUGCAGACAGCCCAGAACAUGAAAUAUGGUGAAGAUGUCAAACUCAAGGCUGACGGAUUAUUGAGUUUUAUCGUUUCAUGACAGAUAGCUGUAAGGUGUGUGCUGCUGCCAUGCCGCUCAGAGUCGUCUCUGUAAAUUCUUGGUGAUAUUUCCUUUUUUUUUUUUCAGCUAACAAAAACAUUGAGCAACAAUUUUAGAACAUUUUAUAGACACAAAACUUCACCACCGGUAAACUGUUUAGUCAUGGCAGCCACAACAACUACACAGACAGCACCGCAGUCUAUGUUUAAACUCAGAAAAAUGAACAUUCAGGCAUUUUUUCUCGUUUUCUGUUACAUAAUCAGGAGCUUUAAACGGCUGAUCUUAUAUUUAGUCUGACUGCAUUAACUCUCUUAUAAAUCAAUCCGUCUGUUAUAUUAUUUACACAGAACCAACACCAAGACACGAUAAGAUCUAGUCCCAUGGAACAGAAAAGACUCAAAGCCUUAUCUCAUCUUAAUCCACCAUGAGCAGAGCGCUUUUCGGCGUUUAACUGCAAUAACUGGCGAGACAAAACCUCCUUUGAGAGUCUGCCCACUGUGUCUGUGAAUCUGGAUUCAGUAGGACAUUUAAUGUGCAUGAAAAUAUCUUCAUUUGCACUUUGGAUAAAGUCCAACAUAGUGUGAGGAUGCAUGGUUAGGAACGAGCGCCAGCAGAUUAGAUAAUACGUGGAAUCUAAAAAAAACUAUUUUAAAAUGAUUUUAACGUGUUCUGCCUCUAAAAAGACAAAUAACUGAUCAUGGUUUAGGAUUUUGGGGUGGCCGCAAGAUUAAUCAUAUUCCUCUAGAGGGCAUGGCCACCCCUGUCCGCUCCCUAGAUGCGACCCUGCUCAGCCGGCCUUUUCUCUUCAGCUCACAAAACGAUGUUUCCUUCUCAGGUCUUAAAAAUGACUUUAAAAGCUUUUAAUUAUAUAAAGUGGGCAGUAACCACAAAGCGAGGAAUCAGUGAGUUGUGUUUGUUUGUUUGACACAUACUCAUUUCUGAAUAUGUGGAUGUUUCCUUUCUUGCUCUUGUUUGGAGGUUAUUGACGAUGUUACGGCUAACAGCAUAUCAGCUCAUUAAUUUAUUGAUUUAUUAUCAUUAUUUGACUCUUACUCUGUCGUGUCUCUGAUCUAGUUGUGUCCCGCUCUCUAUAUUGAGGAUUUUUGUUUUGGUUUUAUUGCCCAUCUGUGUUUAUAUACACCUGUUUUUGCUGCUUAUUUAUUACCUUUACCUCCCGAGUCAAACCACAAGGUUAUUUUUUGUGUUUGAACUUUGCCAGUUAAAAUAGACUCCACAUUCGGGCGUUUUAUCCCCCAUUUGGGAUCAAUUCAAAGGGGGUUAUGGUUGCGCUAAAUCCAAACAUACUCCUGUGUGUAUUUUCACUUUUUCACUCUUUAUUUUGGAGUCUUUACCAUAAGCGUGGCGCUGCAUUGAAAGCACCUGAGCGGGCACGAGUCCAUGGCGCUGUAACAGUAAUGUAUAGUUUAGCUUGGCUCUUACAGAUGGUUUAUUUUACAGCUUCCUCCGCUGGCAAAGCCUGAAAAUGUUCAUGUUAUAACAGCUUGACGUGAACGUUUUCAACCACCUGCUUUAGGCGAACACAUUCAGAUUUAGUUUCGAGCUUCUGUGUGGCUCCAAACACCUGAAAACACCUCAACUUCACCGUCUUUGUUGUUGGAGGUUUCAGAUCAUAUUGUGCGAAAUGGGUGACGAGUUUUGACACCUGGACUCUUCUACUACUGAGCCGUGCUGUUGUAAUACAUGCAGGAUGUGGUUUGGCUUUGUCAUCAUGGAUUAGUCGAGUCUUGGGAUGAUGGCGCCAUAUGUUGUUUCAAAGCCUGUAUAUAUCUGUCAGUGUUAAAGGGAUAUUCCGGCAUUAAAUUAAGUUAGGGUCAAACAUACCGUAACACCGAGUUAGACACCCCCUAGAGAGAUGAAUGUUACUGAUCGCUUGCUUCUCUAGUUAAACCAACUUUAGUAACGACCGCACGAUAGCAACACAGAGAGCCACGCACUCAACCAAAACGCCACUAGAUAGCCACAAAUAAUGCUCAGAACAGCACCUAACUUCAUCAACAGGACAUACAGGGUCACAGACAUAGUACUAGACACCAAACAUCUUUUUAACUUUGACUAAUUUCUUUAACAAAGAGACUAAACACAACGCACCUACUCUUUUCCAGCAGCCGCUUGUUUGUAGCGAGACCUCAACCAGUCCAUUAUAGACUUCAGCUCAAGGAAGAACAUUUAUGAUCAUUUCCAAGGAAUUUCUUCAUGGAAAUGAUCAUAAAUGUUCUUCCUUGAGCUGCGUCACCCCGCUGUAGUUCGUAAUGGACUUGUCCGAGGUCUCUGUAUGAACAAACAGCUGCUGGAAGAGAGUAGGUGAGUUGUGUUUAGUCUCUUUGCUAAAGAAAUGAGUCAAAGUUAAAAAGAUGUUUGGUGUCUAGUACUAUGUCUGUGACCCUAUAUGUCCUGUUGAUGAAGUUAGGUGCUGUUCUGAGCAUUAUUUGUGGCUAUAGAGUGGCGUUUUGGUGUAGCAUGUCUCUGUAUGUAUAGCACAUUUGCUUCCUUUUAAUCUGUGACCUUAUAUUUCUGGAUCAUGUUUAUAUCUGAUUUCCUCUGUUUUGACCCACAUUUGUGAAUCUUUGAGGUGAUUAUGAGCCAAUGCUGUGAUUUCCACAGCAGAGUCAUGCCUGAGUCAUCCUUUCUUUUUCACUCUCAAUCUUUUCAUGAUACUAUGAGUAAAAAAAAACUGUUUUAUCCUUUAUUUGCUCACACUGUCUCUCUCUUAAAUAGUUUCCCAUCCAUCAAGUUCAGUUUCCUACUUCACUCUUUAAAUCUAGGUCACACUCGUGAUGGCACACUUUACAAACUUUUACAAACUACACGGUCGUCGGCUGUCUCCUGGGCUUCCUGAUGAACCUGUCUUGUGGUUGCAUGAUUCGAAGAGCUGUAAUUUUACACUCAUAAUCGGUCGAGAAAAGGGAACCUCGACAGACGAGUGCUAUUAAUACACAUGACGGCACAUAAACUGAGACAUGACUCAGACUCUGUGUAUAAGAUUAACUCCUGGAUUGUUUGCCAACACUGCAGUGAGGUCUGUUUUGGAUUUGGAGUAGUAUGAGACAGUUCAUCAGAUAUGCUGCAGGCUAAUAUCAUCAUCAUCAUCUUCAUCAUCUCUGUUACACAAUAGACACUCUUUCUUCUGAGUUAUUUCAGACAGGUUCAGGUUUGAUUCCCCCUCAGUUUGAAGUUUUUAUGUUUCGGAGAGGUGGAAAUGAAAAAGUGAGUCUAUAUUUUUGGCAUCCAAAACAUCCAUACUUUUUUCCCCUUAGAUGCUUCCUUAUGUAACUUAUAUUGCAAUGGAGAAUGUGUCUGGGGUCAGUCUGUGUCUUGUUCAUCCUCUUUUUCCACUCGACUAUCAGAAUAUGCAGCACAUUUCCAUUAGGACAUGGAAAUAUCAGAUACUUGCCUCUCCGCUCAAUGGAAACAAUGGAAUUCUCUAUAUUCCAUGUUCAAAACCGAACUUGGAGUUGUAAACAUUUAAAAGGCAGAUUUAUUCUCACAUUAUAGGAGUAAAAGUUGAACUCUUCCACAGUGGAGUAAAGUGUGUUAAAUAAAUUUCAUGUCGAGUAUAUCCUGUAAUCAAACUUCAACUCUUUUUUUCCCUCUCUUUCUCUCUCCCUCAGCGUCCUACAGUAAUUUCUUCAUCCCCACAAUGAAGUUCUUGUGUGCUACUGUCUGAGAGAAGCCGCAGAAAUGCCUUGGCGCAGGACUCGGAGACGUCAUGGAUUCCUGAGUGUGGGGCUUUGCAGGAAAGCCCUGAGUCUCCGACAUGGAUCGGCUCCAGGUUUCCAUGGCAAAGGCGCAUAAACAGGAGGAAACACUGAGGGAAUCCCGUUAUUUUACAGCAUUGGACCAUUAUAAACACCCAGAGCGGGGAAGGAAGCCGCUCUUGAUACUCAAGUAAUCCUUAUAGAGCUCUAGGAAGAGGGACUUCAUAGCAGAACCGCUGCUGGAGCUGAUGCGGCUGCAUGUUUUUAGCCACAGAAACGGAGUUUGCGCGCAGCUGCCGUGUCGCAGCCUGAAGUUUUUCACCGUCUCCUCAGAGUUUUUUCUCUUAUUCUGACAUUUUUAAGUAAGGAGAGCUUCUUCUUCUUCUCCCUCCUCCAUUAUCGGACAUAUUUUUUUAUUUUUCUCUAUAUUUUUUUCUUGCUUUUUUUCUUCUCCAGAUGUUUCGAGAAGCUUGGAGGCUGGCACAGUACCACACCAUGAGGUCCAUGGAUCAAGGUACUGCUGAAGUGUUGUGAUUAUCUGGUAAUCAAAACAUUUGAUUUCUAACCGAUUCAGUAGUUUCUUUUUAGUCAAAGUUUGAGUUUAUGUGUCAGUAACUUUUCAGAGACAGUUUGGAUGUUGAUGUUUGGAGACAGACACCGUGAGGGGAGACCACCUGGAUAUCGAAAACCGAUCUUAACACCUGAUUAUUCACGAACAUGGGAUAGAAACUGUGUGUAUGAGAUAAAAAGAGUUAUUUUUAAACUGUGACAUGAUUUCAAACUAACGAGAUGACAUCAGGGAGUUACAUAAGAGCACAAACCGAGAAUUGACAGAGUUUGAUUCAAUAUUCUGCUGCUACAAAUGAGGUGUCGCCACAUGUUAGUAAUCGGCUCAUGUCUCAAUCAUUUGGCUCAUUAAAUAUUUAAUGAGGUGCGCCGUGCGUAUCGUGUCCGUCUCCAAAAUAAACACCCAAUAAACGAGCUAAAUGUCAGCUUUAAUACUUCCUCUGUUCUUACAGAGUCUAACUUUUGUCCUGAAAUGUGUAAUCAUAAAAAUCUGAUGGUAUUUUAUUGGGUACAUGAUGUGCAUGAAUGCUGAGUGAGCAUCCAGGCUGCUGGCUGAGUGGGUGGGAGGAACGCCCCGGGUCUGCUCUGCGUCGUGCGUAAAUCUGGGGAUUCCCUCAGGAGUCACGACCUGUGGAGUAUUUUUGUGAACUGUCAAGCAGCGAAACAACACACAUGGCCGCUCCAAGUAAAACAAACCGGGUUGACAAGUUGGAAAAGUGCGUUUUGGUUCCCCUUCUGUACACUCUGUCUGAUCGCUCCAGACGCGUUUUUACGCAAAGGUGUUGUCAGUUGUUAAACAGGUUUACGAGCUCGGCCAGCACCCCGCUGUGUCACUGCAACGUGUCAGACACCCGGGGGCAGCACCAGGCUGCAGUCUGUCAAAAAAAGAGGCGCUACAAUCUGUUCAAGCGGGGCAGUAAUUCAUCAACACCGAAGUGCGUUUCGCUUUUCUGUUUUUUCUAAAUCUUCGGCGAGCAGCGGAGGCGUGAUCGCACUCGCAGAUAAACUCCUAAAGUCUGCGUUCAGAGCGAAAAUAGACCCGCCUUCCUCUGAAAAUAAACUGCGGCGAGCUCAAACAGGAAACUCGGGCGCUUCACCUCCUGCAGCUCACCGAUGCAUCACCUGACACCGAAGCAGCAGGUUCCCCAAAUCCACAUCAGCGCCGCAGCACCGGAUCAGCGUCCUCCUCUCCGCUUCGCCUGAAAGAUACGAACCGAUUUCAGACAGAUGACCUCUUUCUACGACGAGAAAGAGCUGCAGGAAGAGCUCAGCCGAGUCAGCUGCCCCGAUGAGGAUUUGGAGUUUGAGUACUUGUUUGAGUAUGAGCCACCGUGCAGCGAGUUUGCAGGAGGGAAUCAAGGUUUGUCCGGGGCGUUUUGGCGUGUUGGUUGACUCCUCUCUCUCUGUCUCUGAGUUACUCACAGGCUUGAAAUAGAUACCUGAGCUGCUGCUGCUGCUGCUGUUUAUUUAUGUGAAUGAAAAGAGAAGCAGGAAGUAACUUUGACAGGCAGCUUGUUGAAUGUUUAACAUCAACAUGAAGAGGACUGCUCGGCUGAAACUUACUGAUUAUUUUAUCUCUUUUUCAUACGUUUGUUCAGAUUAAUCAUGAAUUUCUUUGUUGAUGCUGUUGUUGUUGAUUUGGACUCCUCUCCUCUCCUGCAGAUGAUCCAAACCUCGCAUCUCAAAAGGUCCUCAGUCCUGAGUCUGAGCAGGCUUUCCCUCUUGAAGAAGCCUCCCCGUACGGCAUCAAGUCCUGCAGCCCCUCCUACAGCGAGCACAACACCGAGGUUCUACCGGGGUAUGAGAACCAGGAGGCCAGGAACUACCUGGACAGUACCCGGCCCGUAGGCUUGGCCCUGAGCCCGCGUAUCGAGAUCACCCCCUCCCGUGAGCACUACAACCAUGGUCGGGACUCCCUGCAGAACCACCACCUGAACAUCAGCCCCAGACCCACCCUCACCGUCCCCGGGCAUGACAGCCUCUCCUACCGUGAGCCGCAGUGCCUGAGCCCCGCCAGCAGCAACUCCUCCACCAGCUGGCACUCCGAGAGCUACUCCCCCUGGGCGUCCCCCUGCGUGUCCCCCAGCAGCGGCCAGAACCCCGGCGACCUCUGCCCCCGACUCCAGAACAUCCACACUGGCUCUCCUCGCACCUCCCCAGGCACCUCCCCUCGCACCAGCCUAACUGAGGACGGCUGCCUGGGACCCCGCUCGCCUUCCCCCAGACCUGGCUCCCGCUCCACCUCCCCGCAGGGCAAACGCACCUACGACAUGUACAGGAACCCCGGCCUGAUUCCCGGGCACCGCUCCCGCAGCCCCUCCCCCCACAGCGGCCAUGAAGAUCACAACAUAGGAGCCCACUAUCCACACAGCAGCCUCGCCGACGCCAUGAACGGCUUUGGCAGCGGGCAGCCUGGCCUGGUGCCCACUAAAAUAGUCAAGACCUCCAACCAGGUUUAUACUCUGUACCCAGAGAACCACGUAGACGGAAACUACCUGGUGUCCUGCGACCAGGACAUUAAAACCAAACCGGCUGCAGAGCCUUUCUUUGUAAUCCCCCCUAUCUGGUCCAAACCGCUGGUUUCCAGCAUCUGCAGGUAAAUCUGCUGGAGAACCCUCAACAAAUAAAGUUCAGACCACAAACAUUUCUCCAUCUUUGCAGUGAAAAACAGACGUAUUUACAUCUUUAUUUUCUGUGUCCUGCAGCAUCCCCGUGGCCUCCCUCCCCCCACUGGAGUGGCCGAUCCCCUGUCGCACAGACCAGUACGAACUCCGCAUCGACGUCCAGCCGAAGCCACAUCACAGAGCUCACUAUGAGACGGAGGGGAGCAGAGGCGCCGUCAAAGCCCCCACAGGAGGACAUCCUGUCAUUCAGGUAAAACAGGAUUAAGUUACAUGAGCAGAGGGUCCGAGGAAACCACAGCUGAGGGGGGGAUCAGAGGCUGUUCUGUGUCUGCGAUCAGCAUCAGAACAAACACAGGAACACAUGGACAGGUGGAACACUGAAGUAGUUUUAUACCAGCUCAGCUACAUCUAAAUCAGAGCUUCAAUCCUCAUCCACAUUUAUCAAUCAUCAAUCAAUCAAUCAAUCAAUCUUUGUUUGUGUAGCACUUUCAUGCACGACCAUGUAAAACACCCAAAUCUACCCCAGACCAACCCUUCAUUCCCACUCCAGAAACAGUCUUACUGUGUGCACUGAGGAGACGUCAUUUUAAAACUCAAGAUAAAGAAACACUGAAGGUUUAAAAUCUAAAAACAAAGAAACAGAGAAUGAAAUUUAAGAAAUACAAACAACAGUAAAAGAUACUAAAAUAAGAGCAACAAAGUAGCUCAAUAAAAGACGAUCCUGUCAAUAAAACUAGAAGAGAUAAAUGCUAAAACAUUUAAAUAAAGUUAAUGAUAUAAAAUGUAGUUAUUUAGAAAAUAUGGACCCAAACAGACUUCUUUUUUUAACCUCAUGAGUCCUGAAGUUCUGCUCCCUAAACAUCUAAUCUAACUCACGACCUAUUGGGGAUCACUGAAAACUCAAAAGUGUAAAACCUGAACUUGAUCUUUGAACAGGAAGUUUUUCACUCAAAUAUGACGUCCUCUUAUUCUCCGACUGUUUGAAACAAACUUAAAAUAGAAAAUAGAAUUAGAAAACCAUCAAACUGAUCAACUUAAUGCCCCUUAAGCAGUCGGACAGUCAUCCAAUCCAAUCGGCUUUAUUCAUACAGCACAUUUAAAAAAAAAAAAAACAUUCAAGUUUACUAAAGUGCUGCACAAUAAAGUUAAAAGAACAGACAAUGUUGAAAACAUCAAGAUGAAAUAAAUAAAAGCAGGUAAAAAACAUUUAAAAUGAAAUAAAAACACAAAAGCAUAAAAGAAAUUAAAAUGAUAAAAGGACAGAGAUCACACAACUCUCAUGGAAUAAAAAUGAGUUUUAAGACGUGAUUUUAAAGUAGAAAGAGUGAAGGGAUGUUUUGAUCUUCAGUGGCAAUUCGUUCCAUAAUUUGGGAGCCACAGCCGAAAGAGCUCGGUCACCAACAUGUUUUAGGGACAACGAGUUGAAGCAUUUAAGAGGUCAGUAUUGUACUGUGGUGCUGAUCCAUUUAAAGAUUUAAAAACAAACAAUAAAAUAUUAAAAUCAAUUCUAAAAUGGACGGGAAGCCAAUGGAGGGACGCCAGAAUUGAGGUGAUGUGGUCAUGUUUACGUUGACCUGUUAAAAGCAGCAGCAUUUUGGAUGAACUGUGAGCACGUGAGGGAAAGAGCGUUACAGUCGUCCAACCAAAGUGUGGAAAUAAAAGCAUGAAUCACUCGUCAAAAUCAUUAAAAGAUAAAACCGAUUUAAUCUUGGAUAAAAACCUCAGAUGAUAAAAAACUGGAUUUAACAAUCGAUUUAAAAAAUCGAUUUAAAAUCGUCGUCAACCUUUAUACCAAGAUUUAAAACCAGGUUGGGAAUCAGUUUGAUAGAUCAUCAGUCAGUCAGGUAGAGCAGGAGUUUACAACCUUUUCCCACUUCUUCUACCAACCAAUGAGGUGAGGACUCAGUCUCCAGGUAGGACAUCUUUGAGGUAGAGAAUCAGUCAGCCAAGUAUGGUGUCUGUCUGUUUGCCAGGUAGUGGAUCGAGCUGUCAAGUAGGAUAUCGGUCACUCUGUCGUAACUCAACCACUAGACCCCGAUCACAGAGGCAGGGAUUAGUCAUCAGGUAGGGUAUUAGUCAGGUAGAGAAUCCAGCUGUUAGAUCUGAAUUACUCUGAAUCAUAUCAUAGUUGACCCCCUCGUACCCUGACAGAACCCUCCGAACUGAACUCUGAUUGUCUGAUUUUGCGUCUUUUUAUAGUCUGCUGUUGUGCGUCGUCCCCCUGUUUUCUAACCACACUCGCACACACAGAUCUAUGUCGAUGCUGUCUAUAACUUCCUCUCACGUACUGCUUUUUGACCUGAAGUGUUGAAACAGUCAGACUUUGUAGAAACGUGUUAAAAAAAAAAAGGAAAGGUGCCUGUGGUUAAGAUAAUUGUGGACCAGGAAAGAAAAAGUCACAACUUUGCGUCCAAACGCAGCAUGUUGAAAUUAGCUGUGACACAGAAACGGCUGGCUACGCCGUCCAAGAAUAGAUCCAACUUCCCCUUCUCUGCGUUACUGUGGCAACGUUUCAAAGCUGUUUUUGUUGGUGAUAGCAGCAGCGACUCGUUGGAAAUAAAGUGUCUCUCGCUGCUUUUCCGUUUUCUCCCCCGAUCCCAGAAAGCCUCACCCUGAGGUCAGUUCUGCCUGGUUUGCCCGGCCAAUCAGAUGGUCAGGCCUGGCUAGACACAACUGCACUCUUUCACCUCGUCUCUCUCUCUCUCUCUUCUUCUUCUUCUCCUCUUUUUUACUCAGUUUUUUUCCUCUUUCCCACUCUUUCUCCCUCUCUCGUUUUGAGUUUUCCAGCGCCGCUCUCAGUCAUGACUCACUGCUCCUGUAACUGCCAUGACAACCAGCCGAGCGCUCACAUGGCCUGUUGAGUGUUUGCUGUCGGCGUGCUCUGUUUCACUCCACUCUGUGUGUGUGAGCUACCUGAGCAUGUACUAGCACACUCAUUCAAGUUCUGCUCACAUUCAGCAGCUGCUUGUUGAUCAUUUCUGCGAGAAAUACGAGAAAUAUAGUCGAGCAAACCUGCAGCUGGAUGCACAAAAAGGAACCAGUCUGGAAAAAAAAAGCAGAUACCUGUUUUGUAGUGUAGUGUAGUGUUUUGUGUUUUGUGUUUUUGCACAAUGCAACAACCUCAUGGUUCUAUUUCAGGAUAAAGGUUAUGCAGCAUUUCGAUGCAAGCUGGUGCUUUGUGGUUUUUGCAGGUUUCCUCAGGAGGCACCCUCGGGUUAAAAGUAACAACUCUGUCUUUCCGCCGCCGUCUAUCAGAGCAUCUUCACCUUUUCACUUCUAAGACACGACACGACAAGUACCUGUGAGGGCAAGUUUCGCUGCGUGCUGGCCAAAAAAACUGGCUUUGUGAGCAGUGGCGGUUCUAGACUAAAUUACUCCCCGGGCGAGCACCUCUCCGAGUGCCCCCCCCCCCCCACACACACACACACACACAAAAAGAGAUAGAAUUUUGAACAGAUAGUUUUGUAUUACUAUGUAGUAUUAUUAUUAUUAUAACAACAAAAAUAAAAUAUUUUUCAAUUGCAGAAAUCCUUCAAUAGAAAAAAACACAAUUCUGAGGGCCAUUUUGAGAAGGGCCCCCAGAUCCUGAGCUUUUCUGACGUGUUAAGGUUUACAAAAAAGCUGCUAUCUCGGCCUCUGUAGUAGAUAGAAACAAAAUUCAAAAGGUAUUUGAGAGCUUAAACAUGUGGCUUUCAAGAAAGCUCUCUUUUAAUAUUGCGAACCUUCAUCACAUUUUUGAAAACCUUGAACAAACAAACUCAAAUGAAAUAAAGCGGCUGUAUAAAUAAAAGUAAAGGCUCUGCACUGGAGAAUGACAAAUAAUUUGCUUUCUGUAAAACAAGUGGCAGUCAUGACAAAGUGUCCAUUCAAUACAAAUGUAAAUAUAGAAAAUAAGGUGUUGAAAGGGUAUACAGCUGCCCCAGUAUAGUGCCAGUACAAAAGCAGAACUAAAAACUAAAAAAUGAAUAAAUAAAUACGUGACUGACAGUGUGUUCAUCUCUGUUCUCACCCAAAGUCACGCAACACUGAGAGAAAACGCUGAUAGUGUGAGCCAAAUCACUCCAUAUGAAGAGUUUGUUCACACUGCUGGAUGUUUCUCCUCUGAAGCUGCUCUCUGCCUCAGUCAUUGUUUACUUUACUCAUGAAGCUCAUCAAGCACGUAGCAAGAUCCGAGCAAGAACCCGAGCGCUUUAUUCGCCUAUCAAAGGCAGACGGGUACGGUAAUUUCAUUCACCACGACUCCAGAAAUGAUUAAAAAACUACAAAAUGACGUAUCCGCGCUCCCGCUGAUAUGCUGACAUGCGUACACAGAGCAGAGCUGUUCCCCCGCGACUCUCUCCCCGCCUCGUCUCCUACAGUCUGUCAGCCUCUGUGCAGCACCUUCGGAGCAAGCAGGGGCGCCUACAGCAGCGGGGGGGCGCCAAUUUGACAACAAGAGUUAAUACAAAACCGCUUUGCGGUUAAGAUUUAUUAUUACUACCUUUUAUUUUAUUUUUUUGGAAGUGCUCGUGCCGCCCCCCCAUGAGUCAUGACACAAAUGCCGCCCCGGGCGGCUGCCCUGUUCGCCCGUGCCUAGAACCGCUACUGUUUGUGAGUGUCGUAAUGUUGUAAAUCAAAUCAGAGAAACACAAAAAUCUGAUAUUUUUAACAUGUAUGUUCAGCAGAAAACAGACGGGUGAUACAGCAGGCAUUAAAGCUCCAGUAAGGAGUUUUUAGCAGGUAAUAAAAGCCUAAAAAAUUAUUAAUCCUUUAUGUGCCCUUCAAAGCAAACACAUGAAAAAAAAUGCUGUCAUAUAAAAAUAAAAAUCUAUGAGCUUACAUUAUCACCUAGGGCUGGGCGAUAAACUGAAAAUUUACAGAUACCAAUAUUUAUGACGAUAUACGACGUCAUUUUGCCAAUAUCUGUAUAUUCAGUGUUAAAAAAAUUGAUAAAUCAAAGUUUGUUUUGGAUGUGUGUAGGUAGGUUAUGGUCUCAUGUCCCUUUAAGAUGCUGUCCUACGUCAGAGACGUGACUCCACCCCAUCCAGUCUGUAACAAAGAGGGAAAGACAGGUGAGGAGAUGGAGGACGGUUCAAAAGUUGUAGCAGCUGAAGUAGAUGAAGUUAAUGUGGGAGGGGGUGAGCAGCUUGUGGAGUAGUUAUUGUCCAUUUAUCGUUAUCGAGGUGAACUGAUCAAUAUAUCGUGAUAUUGAUUUGAGACCAUAUCGCUCAGCCCUAUUAUCACCUCUUCAACUUGAACUAACUUUGUCUAAAAUCCACUCGCUUCGUGAGAGUGACUAACUGUGUGUAUUCAUGAGACAUUUAGGGACUUUUGAACUCCACAGAGAAGAUGAGUGUACUUUGAAAGUCCGUUCAGAUCCAAUCCCUUAAAAAAAACAAGUAUUUUUAUGAUGAUCAGUGUUUUAAUUCUGGUGAAAUAGAGAGAUCUCUGCUGUUAGCUGUCUGUGCCAAUGAAAGGCUAAGAUAAAACAUACAGGGAAUAGAUGUUUGGCACUUUCAAACAUCAUGAGGAAACUCUAAAAAAUAUCUUUGUCAACUCCAAAAAGUUCAUAAAAAGUCUCGAGUUUGAUUUUAAAAAGUGCUUCACAAAGAGGUUCUGAUAUGUUCUUGUUCUGUUUUAAUCUGCGUCUCUAAGUUAAAGUCAUCAGGACUCGUCUAAAUCCUCCCUGCAGAGUUCAGAGAUCUAGUUUUUGGCUCAAGGAGGUGAUCCCUCUGUUGGUUUCUAUCCCAGGCUCCAGAGGUAGGGCUCACGUGGGUGCGUUUACACGUGGGUGUGACAGUGAUUAGCCCCAUCUUGGGGAAACAACAUCUGGAAAUGCAGAGUUUCGAACAAACCCAGACAGUUUGGGAUGACUCAGACAUUUCCUUUAAUUUCUGUUUCUGUUUUAACGCUCUGUUGUUGAUUUUUUUGUGUGUUGCAGUUACAUGGCUACAGAGGCAAGGAGCCACUCGGCCUGCAGAUCUUCAUUGGCACAGCCGACGAACGCAUCCUCAAACCGCACGCCUUCUACCAAGUCCACCGCAUCACCGGGAAAACAGUCACGACCACGAGCUACGAGAAGAUAAUCCACGGCACCAAAGUCCUGGAGAUCCCGUUGGAGCCGAAGAACAACAUGAAAGCAAUGUGAGAAACCAGAAGAUGAGAGUUUUUGAAGAUUUCACCUCGAAUGAUUCGCUAACGUGUUCGUCUCCUCUCGCAGAAUCGACUGCGCCGGGAUCCUGAAGCUCAGGAACGCCGACAUCGAGCUCAGGAAGGGCGAGACGGACGUGGGUCGGAAAAACACGCGCGUCCGUCUCGUGUUUCGCGUGCACAUACCCCAGCCCGGAGGACAGCACGUCUCCCUGCAAGUGGCCUCACAUCCCAUCGAGUGCUGUAAGCUCCUGAACAUAAAUCACUCUCACAGCAUGAUAAGCCUCUCGUUCUGUUUCACGUCUUUAAAAGUGAGACAGUGGUGUGUGUGUUUAAUCCCCGUGUGUGUUUCCUGUUGAGGUCAAACUUUACACAAAACAAACAUCGUAAAAAAAAAGGGAACCCGCAUUCAAAUGAGUUUGGAGCUGGUCUGAUAGUCCAGAGUCCUGCGUACAAAGACACCUUUAUGCUGCCAGGGCUUCUAUCCAGUAGGUGGGCGCUGCCUGUUGGAGUGUGUGUGUGUCAGUGUGUGUCGGUGUGUGUACCUGUUUGUAUGUGCCAUGUAGUAAAACCCGUGUUUGGGUACAUCAGUACAUGUGUACACAGCGUUAUUAAAGCACCUGGCGUGAUCAAACUCAAACAAGAAGGCCCUUUACUCGGCUUCGACUAACACCCUCCUGGAGACGUCAUAUCAGCCGUGACACAAUUUCCUCCUGUCAUCAUAAAAAUUCAUGACGCAGACCCUCAGAUUAGGAGACGACUUUAUUAGCGUUCUUUCCCAUCUGUUUUCUCGUCACAUUAAGGACGAAGACGCAGUUAGUUCCUGUCUGAACCCCGGGAACAAUCGCCGUCAGUGAAAACAAACUGAGCGUAACGUUGUUUACAGUGACACCUGAGGUACAUCUGUCAGGGAGAUAACAAGACGAGUCAAGUCACGGUGUGUUUGAGGAGGCAGAGCUCCCCCCGUCCGUGAUGUAGUAGCGUGAACAAACCUGUUCAAAGGUCACGGGGUUGUUUGUCGACGCUUCAGCUCGCAUCAGUGAGUGUGGAGUUUCAGCUGGGCUAAUGGACGAAAACACGGCGAGGGAACGACACGGUGCUGGACGUGGAUGAUGGCGUUUAAACUUUACAUCUUAACCUUUAAUAUCUCCUCUCCUAGUUUCUCACAAAUCCAGUUUCAGCUUCUUUAAAGUCUUUAUAUGUGAGAGAAGAGGAGCAGCAGGUAUUCUUGAGCUGCUGAAUGAACGAUGAGUACGACGCUCGACCUGGUUCAGGUUAAAAGGUUUUUCCUGCUUGCAUUAGACCUCCAUCAGGUCACUUUAAAGGGAUAUUCCGGCGUAAAAUUUAAUUAAGGGUCAAACACACAGAGAUGAAUGUUGCCAACCGCUUACUUCUCUAGUUAUACAAACUCUAGUAACGACCGCACGAUAGCAAUACACAACGGUUUGAGGAGUCGUAAACAAACCUCAACCAAAACACCACUCUAUAGCCACAAAUAAUGCUCAGAACAGCACCUAAGACAACUCACCUACUCUCUUCCAGCAGCCGCUUGUUUGUAGCGAGACCUCGGGCGAGUCCACUAUGGACUACAGUGGGGUGUCGCAGCUCAAGGAAGAACAUUUAUGAUCAUUUCUUCAUGGAAAUACAAUCAGACCGAGACGCUAAGGCAGAAGAACUACUGCAUCUGUAAAAUGAUUAAUAUGAUGAUUAUUACUUCAAGGAAAUUAAAAAGAAAUGAUCAUAAAUGUUCUUCAUUGAGCUGCGAAACCCCGCUGUAGUCCAUAGUGGACUCGCCUGAGGUCUCGCUACAAACAAGCGGCUGCUGGAAGAGAGUAGAUGAGUUGUGUUGAUGAAGUUAGGUGCUGUUCUGAGCAUUAUUUGUGGCUAUAGAGUGGCGUUUUGGUUGAGGUUUGUUUAUGGCUCCUCAGGCCGCUGUGUAUUUCUAUCCUGCGGUCGUUACUAAAGUUGGUAAAACUAGAGAAGCAAGCGGUCGGCAACAUUCAUCUCUCAAGGGGGGUCUAACUCUGUGUUACGGUGUGUGUUUGACCCUUUAACCAGUUCUCCAAAGAAUCUAGUCUAGACCAAUUCAUGGCUUUUUGUUAUAAACAGUCUACAAACAAACAUCUUACAAACAUCCUAAAUGGCAGCAAAUCGAAUCUAAAACAGUCACCAGCUUUUGUUCCAUACGGAGAAUAAUCUAGUUUAACAUCAUUUUGUUCUGAAUUAAUAACAUAAUCUAAUCUGAUUUCAUCGGUUGAUAAAAAUCAGUUAUUGGGUUAUGUUCUUCGAAUAUUAGAUUUCUUCAUGACUCUGUUAGUUUAACUCCAGUAUUUUUUCCUCCUUAAUAAUUUCCAACAGCUGGACGGAAAUCCACAAGUCCCAUGUGGCGAAACUUUUCCAAGAGUAUAAAAAAAACAACAACGGGAUAUUGGCGUUUAAUAUCGACCACUGGCUGACCUGCUCUGUCGUUAUUGGUGUCAGUAUCAGCUGUAGUAAAUCUGCUUCAGUCAGUCUAGACCUGCUCUUAGAUAAAGAGGAGAAGAUUAUAUAGUGAUUGACAAAUACUGAUGUCGACAGUUAACUAGCAGGUCAGAAAAUCACUGGAUGGAUGCAAAAUAUAAAUAUUAUGUUGGUUUUAUUUGUGAAUAAUUGAUUAAAAAAAAAAACCAUUUAAUUUAAAAAAACUUUCAUAUAAUGCAGGAAACUUUUUAUUUUAAUUGAUGUCUUGAAAUCAAAAGCUAAAAAAAAAACAGCUGUUAUCAACUCAACACUCGUGGAAACCCUCGCUGAAGGCCCAACUUCUGUUUUGAGUUUUUCCCCGAUCAAAAACUGGCGCUGAUAUCAUCAUCAAAAUUUAAAAAAAAAAGUCUGUGUCUAAAAAUAAUGUGAAUAAAUCCUUUCUUUGACUGACAGGGAGGUCUUUUUAUGUCAUGUGCAUCACUCUCUGUACAUGCAAAUAAAAACAGCCCGACUCUUUUACAUAUUUUAGAUCAUUCAGCAGAUAAUUCAGUCUGAAAAGAGUGUGAAGUGACCGGUUUCUUCAUGCAGCAGCAGCAGGUUGUAUUUGUUGCAGAGCUGUUUCAUCAGCUUGCACUAUCAUGUUACCCUCUCCUCAGAUUUAUACUGCUGCUUAUUUAAACUGAAAACAGGAGAUGUGAUCGCUGGAUGACUCAGCAUCACCUCUUCACGGGGAAACGCCAUCACUUCUUGGUAAAAGGUGUCCGUGAGUUUGUGAGAAAUUGCGGGUUAACAUUUUUCUGGUUGUAGUUUAUGAAAUGUCAAACGGUGAGGAAAGCCUUAGGUGAUGAGCUCCUGACAAAGACUUCAUGUUACUUUGAUCAGCUUUAUUGUUCCCUCUGCUAAGGCUGAAUGGAUGUUCCCUCUUGCAACACAAUAGGUCGCACAACAAUACAAUACAAUAGAGGAAGGUAGGAUGAGACAAAAUGAUGAUAUGAUACUGUACAAUGAAGCACUGAGUGAUACUAUGAGGUACAGUGCAAGGAUGCAAUACUGUAUAACACAACCUAUAUAUAUAUUUUACUAUAUAAUCCAAUUCUAGAUAGAUAUAUUUAUAGAUAUGGUUUUAUUUUUUGAUUUUAAGUAAAACCAAAAAAGGAAAAGGCUGAAGUAAUGCUUAUAUGUCUAUGGAAGUAAAUCUGUGCCAUCUGAUUUUGAAUUUGAAUUUCUAAUUGAAUUUUUUUUUUUUCACGAUGAUGAAAUAAAUUUAGUGUAAAAAAAAUCAGUCUCUCAAAAGAUUUGUUUAGUAAAAAAUCAACUUAAAAAAAUAUGCAAAUAAAAAAAUCAACGUCAAAAAAUUCAACGUAAAAAACUAUAUAAUGAAAAAAAUCAACAUUAAAAAAAUUCAACAUAAAAAAAUUCAAUGUAAAAAAAAUUCAGUGUAAAACACACCGACUCAACAUCCGGGUAACCAGGGAGAGCAAUCAUCCUGGCCCAAUCAUCCAUCGUCCAUCCAAUCAAAUAACGCUAGAUUGGUCAUGUGACACCAACCCCAGUGGAACAUUUAGGAAUCAAUUUUUUCUCCCUGGUUACCUGGAUGUUGAGUCGGUCUGUUUUAUACUGAAUUUUUUGACACUUAAGUCUUUGACAUUUAAUGUUUUUACAUUUAAUUUUUUUAUAUUGAAAUUUUUUACAUUAAAUUUUUUGACAUUAAAUUUUUUUAUGUGGAUUUUUUGACAUUUAACUUUUUUAUAUUAAAUUUCUUAAUAUUGAAUUUUUUUAAUUCACACAUUUUUUCAAAGUUGAAUUUUUACUAAACAAAUCUUUUGAGUGACUGAUUUUUUUACGCUGAAUUUAUUUCAUCAUUGUGAAAAAUAAGUGUCAGAAAUAAAAGUGCGUGCUUGAAAUUCAAUAGUUUCGAAAUUCAACGUCUGAUUUUGAUGCAAAAAAAAAUAUAUCAUCUUUAGAAAUUUAAAUUCAAAAUCAGAUGGCACUGAUUUACUUCCAUAUAUGUCGCCUAUCCCGUUUACAGCAACAAAUAAUGCUUCACAGCUUCACAUUACAGUUUCAUAUACAGUCUAACACAAUAUAGACAAAGUUCAGUUUUAUGUUCUAAUAACAUAACUAAUAACAGAAACACAUCUGGAUUUAACAUUAGUUCUUACUUUACUAUAUUACAAAUGAUCCAAACCUCUUAAAUUAUAAUUACUAACUCUUAGUUUUAAAAAUUUCUUAAUACUUUUUAAAAUAUAUUGUUUUCAACUUUGUUAAGAAUCUCUAAUACUUUAAUAUUGACAACAUCUCUCAGCUUUGAUGCUUUAUGAAGAAUAAACUAAUUAUUAGUUGGUUCACAAUAUCCUACCUUAUUGACUAUUCUCAUUGCCUAAUACAGGUUUUUCCUGCAUUUCCCCAUAGUUCUGCACAACAAGAGAAAUAUUGCAUAAUCAAGGAACUAUAAAUCAAAAACAACCCCCCCUUUUUGUUUAACACUUUUCUUGUUUUGUACAGUUUGCCAAUAGAUUUUGAGACUUUACGUAUUUUAUGUCCAAUGUGUGAUUUCCAAGACAGCGUGCUAUCUAUGAUCACACCUAAAAAUCUCGCCUCAUGUACUCGAAACCUGAACCUGAAUAUUCUAUACAAGACUUUGACAUUUUAUACGAUACAAAGCAAAUACCCGUGACAACUACAUGCACAAAACACAACAAACAGUAUAUGUGUUUGACAUAAGUUUGACAAAUGUAAUAUAACGCCUCUGUAUGUGUGUGUUUGUGUGUGUCCCUGCAGCCCAGCGCUCGGCACACGAGCUUCCCAUGGUGGAGAAGCAGGACAUGGACAGCUGCUCCGUUCUGGGUGGCCAGCAAAUGAUCCUGACCGGGCAGAACUUCAGCUCCGAUUCCAAGGUCAUCUUUAUGGAGAAAACCCAGGGUGAGAGUGAGACCUCAGAUCAUAUCAUCAUAUUAACUCCAUCAAACUAUGACUGAAUUUACGAAAUCCUCAUGCUUUUACACAACACAGUGUCACAGCGAUAACUAAUGACAUGAGUUAGCAUGUCUGUUAAACACAUUCAGAGCUUCUCAUGUCACCACUGUCAUUGUUAAGAGCGAACCGUAGGAAAUAUUUGCAUGAUCCGAGCGAUAACGCCGCAGCUUCACUUCCUUUUGCCCUUUUUGUCCCUCUGUGACUUCCAUGAUGUCUUAUCGCCUCUCACACAGCUCAGUGUGUGGCAUGCAGGUCGCUUUUUAGAAUUAAUAUAAAGUUAAAGGGAAAAUCUGAGUUUCCGGCUUUUUAAAAAUGAAUAUUAGUGCUGAAAUUAAAGCCAGAAGAAUCCCUUCUCAGGGUUACGUAAGAAAAUCUGGACUUGACUGAUUUCAGAUUUCAGCCGGGGGAAAUUUCACAUGUUGCAACAGAGGGACAAGGAUGACACAACAUGAAGCAUUGCUGUAUUAUAUAAAAUUAUUAUAUCAUUAUAUAUAUUAAAGACCCAUUUACACACAGAUGUACUACAAAUACACAUAAGAUAAAGAAAUGACUGCAAAUUUAUCAGAUCCUGAUUUAACGGUAUAGUUUAGGUGCAUAGACACUAUAGUAUGUGAGUUAAAGAGGCAAUCAGCGUUUUUUUAAUCUGCAGAUAACAUCCAAUCACCUCCUAUAUUUCAUCACAAGUUGAGGUCUGUCGACAUCCUGACUAUUUUUGGGUCUCACAACAAGAAGUUUUGUUUUCUUCUUCUUCCCUUUUUCUGGCGGAGGAUUGAGGAAGUAGGUAUUAGCGGUUGGGUGAAGGACAGAGUGGCUAAAUGAGAGGUCAAGUUCACGCUAAGGCUACAACAAAAGCUACUCAGGGAUUUGAUUGGAGAGAUGAAUGUUGUCGACCGCUUGCUUCUCUAGUUAUACCAACUUUAGUAACGACCGCAGGAUAGAAAUACACAGCGGUCUGAGGAGCCAUAAACAAACCUCAACCAAAACGCCACUCUUUAUCAUUUCCUUGAAGUAAUAAUCAUCAUAUUAAUAAUUUUUCACUGCAGACGCGGUCGUUCUUCUGCCUUAGCGUCUGAAAUGAUCAUAAAUGUUCUUCCUUGAGCUGUGUCACCCCGCCUCAGUCACUUCUGUUCAGCGUUAGUUUUAUAAGAGUUAUUCUGGAUCAGCGUCUGUGAACCGUUGACGGGACAUGUGUGUUAAUCACCUGCUGUUAAUCACGGACACUUGUGUUUACCUCUGGCUGCUCUGCAGCGUGGACACUCAUGUUAAAGUGCUUGUCUGAUAUCGUGACUCACUGAAUCCACUUCUGUCUGAAAGAUGACUUUUUAAACUCACGAACUCCACAGGCUGCCUAAACUAGAUCUUGGACCUGGACGCCCCGGUUUCUUUCCCAUUUUUUCAGCUCCGGGGUUCCCUGCCGCUGCGUUACGACACACCACAGUAAUGGAUAGUAAGACAGAGAUGGAAAAAAGAAAUCUUACGAGGCAGGAUUGCCAUGGUUUUUGAGUUUUUGUAUGACACAGAGUUCUGGAGCAGUGCAGCUGUGAAAUCCCUCUGAACCGGGGACAGCUGCGUCUGGAUGCAGCUCCUCCGGACUGGGAGAGGAAAGCUUUUCCCAGCCAAGUCGAGUCUGCUCUGGCUUUCUCUCCUGCUCAUUCCUCCCUCCCUUUCCACCUUCUUACACAAUAAUCCCCUGAGGGAGAACAAGAGUCGGGGUAUCCCUGCAAACAAACGCUCCGAGCCAAGAAAGCAGUAGUCAUCACGUUUUGUAAGACCUGGAGGGAGUUGAUCAUAAAAGUGAAGUUUGAGAAAAAAACGAGAAUCUGGCAACACGAGUGGAAUCCCCCUUCCUCCUGCUGACUCAUUUAAGCCAUGUGUUUGUAAUUUAGCAAUUUGACAGAGGGUUUCCCACCUACUGCAACAUCCAAACAGAGCUCACUGCAGCACAUGUUGGAUCAUGUGUUCGAGCACAUGGAGUUCACAUUCACAGACCCCGUUUGGUUUUCUCCUUUUUCACCUGGAUGACAGCUCGACUGUGAUCUGAUGAGGUGUGAUGUAACAGAGGCUGUAAUCGGUUCAGACGUGGAGUAGUGAAAACACUCGGAGAUCUCAUCACGUCUGCUUUAAGCUUUAAGGAGCAGACCGGUGUGUCUCCUGAUUUAUGGUGGACCGGAGGUUGGGUUGGUGUUAACCUGCGGAUUAUUUUAACCUUAAGAUAAACUCGGCUGUUUUAGGAAGUGGUUUCAAAGUGAUACCAUGUGGGAGCAUUAAACAGGAUGUAUACACCCCUGAUGUAUAGACCUCACUGAAUUCACGUCCCGAGGUGAUUACUCGAGUUUGUUCAGAAUCAGCAUUUUCCAGAUUUGCAAGCUCAGGUCUUACAAAGUUACACCGCUGUGCACUACAUCUUGAAACAAUCAAGCUUACUUACUUAACAGCUCAGUGAAUCACCGGUUUGUUUAACGUUUGGUUUUCACAUCAACGUUCUUUUUUGUUUUAGAUGGGCAGCAAAUCUGGGAAAUGGAAGCCACAGUGGACAAAGAUAAGAGCCAGCCGGUACGUAUUACGAACCACAUUGUGAUGCACGACAAUUAUGUCGGUUUCUGCAGUACUGACUGGAGCUCUGUCUCGCAGAGUAUGCUGUUUGUAGAAGUGCCGUCCUACAGAGACACGUCCACCUGUCAUCCUGUCAAAGUCAACUUCUACGUCAUCAACGGCAAGAGGAAGCGCAGCCAGCCUCAACACUUCACCUUCACGCCGCUGGCAUGUAAGAAUGCUGCGAUAUGUAGUUUGAUUUUAUCAUAAUAUUCAGAAAAAGGAUCAAAUAUUGUUCAUAAACUGUUACUACAUGGCUGGGGUAAUUAUAGUUACUGACUGGUCAAGUUGUGGGAACAUGCUAUGGCAACUGUCAGCUACAGCUCGAUAACAGACCGUUGCUAUGAAGAACAGACUGUUGCUAGGGGUGUCAGCUCAGUUUGAUGAUUUAAUCCGACUUUUUUACCCAUUUCAACUCAGUACUAUCAGACCAUCUUCCAAGUGACCUAUCAUGUUAAUUUUCUAUUAUGUUAGUCUGAGACACCCAUGGAUUAGAGUUACAUGAUGAGCCGUUCAAAGACUCCAUUUAUCUCAUAGAGAUUAUCUCAUGAGAUGAGACGAGAUGAGAAGAAAUGAGAUGACAUGGGAUAAGAUGAGAUGAGAUUGGAUUAGUUGAGAAUGAGAUGUGAUGGGAUGAGAUGAGAUGAAAUUGGAUGAGAUAAAAUGAGAUUGGAUAAAAUGAGAUGAGAUUGGAUUAAAUGAGAUGAGAUGAGAAAGAAUAAAAUUGGAUGAGAUGGGAUGAGAUGAGAAAUUUGCUGAAAACUAACUAAACCCUUCCUCGUCGAUCCUCUCACAGCUCCAUCCAUAAAGACUGAACCUCUAGAUGAGUACGAGGACCACAUGGGAUUCUCCAUGCCUCAGAUCUUGGGUUUGUCCCCUCACUCCUACUACCACAGCCCCCGCAGCGUCCUCCAUCCAGACAACGGCCUGGUCUCAGGCAUGUCCUCCUGCCAGCGCCUCAGCUCCAGCCUCCCAAACCAAGAUGCUCGUUUCCAGCAGCAGAGCCCCACCAUCGUGUACUCCCGUGGGGGGAAGAGUCUAAGCGGCAGCCCCAACCUCUAUCAGCAGCCUGGAGGGAUGAUGCCUGACCCUCAUCGCUCAGUCCUGGUCCACACUGGCUCUCCAGCUCAGCCUGUCGGACCCAUUGGCUCAGGCCAGCACCCCUCGAUCAUCCAGUUCUCCCCGACCAACCACCACCUUCUCCGGGCAGGAGACCCUCACACCAUGCCCCCUCCGCAACCGGACAACCAGCAGAUCAUCUACUGCGACGGUUACUCCCCACAGGCAGCUGCUGCCCACUCACCCACAUCCCCACAGGCUCAGGCAGCCGUGUCCCACCCUCAGCACUAUCCCACCGUGAUCCAGCAGCAGCAGCAGCAGCAGCAGCAGCCGUUCACGCAGAAGGAGCAGCAGAAAGGACGGGGACCGCCGGGUGGGGGGCAGAUGGAGGCUGCCGGAGACGGACAGAGGAGGGUGACGGUGAAGGAGGAGAACUUGGACCAGGCCUACCUUGAUGAUGGUGAGUGUAAGUUGGUGCUUUUAUACUCCGAGUGGAUGAGAGAGCUUGUGAAAGAUCGUAGAUUUUGACGCCUUACAGACUAAGUGUCUCAAACUCGUUUUUAUCCCUAAAUGACGGUGAAAAUGUGAUUUAACGCGAGUCUGUCAGUGAAGUGGAGGACGACAGGAAGAUGAAUAAUGGAUAUAAGCUCUUCCUAUCUUUGAAGUAGAUGGAUGAUAAGACCUCCAACCAGAGAUACGGCUCUGCCUCAGAACAAUUCAAGGAUAUUUACAAUAUCUCCACAAUCUCCUUUACACACACACCCCCGAUUUGAUCUAUGGGCUUUAGUAUCGCUCAGAACAAAGCCACCAUAACACGCUCACACUGUUAAAACAAUCCUCUCAGGAGGUGCAGUUAUGUUCCACUCAAGGUGGAAAUAACAGAGGAUUAUGAGUCAUAUGUUUAUACUUAUGCUUGUCAACCCCAUUAGCCUCUGGCUGAAUUAAUGUCAGGCAGGAGCAGGAGGCUGAACUCUCACAUUUAGGAGUUAAAGGUUCUGAAAACUUGACGCUGUUUUACAACGAAACGGGUUUAAAGUUCGGUGUGUGUCGGCCAGGUGAGCGUCACAGUGGUGUGAGUCUGUCUUCGUGUUCGCAAACACACACUAGGAUUCAUGUUUUUUUUCUCUCGCGCUUUAAAGGCAGAGAGGGAGGGAGAAAAAAGUGUCACUCUCCUGACCGCCCGGACAUGUUGACACUGUUAUGAAGUGAAAAACAACCUCCAUGGCAACCAUUGUCAAACAGUGGAACGGACUGCCUGGGAGAGCUGGGGAAAGCCUCUUUGUUUGUUAUAGUUGGCCGCGGCUUCUCCUUGGCCUUACGCCCCUCGAUUCAGCGGGGGAACCCACCAGAGGAUUAGCUUUUUUUCCGACCACGGGAUUCUGCCAAUCUGGCACAAGAAACUCCUAUCUGCAGCUGCUCUCCUCCAGAAAUCCAGCCUGAUCUCUGAAAGAUAGCGGGGAGGAGGGUGGAGGGCAGGAAAAGGGAAGGGGCUGUAUGUGUGUGUGUGUUUGAAAGUGUGUGUGUGGAAAAAAUGAAACGGAGAAAAAAAAAAAAAAAAAAAAGCCUGCAAUGGAAUUUGUGUUUUUUGGAUGGGACUUUCAGGGUUUCCCUCCGCAGUAAACAGCAACAAGGAUGAAUUAACAAGGAGCUGGAGGCUGCAGAGUUUUUUUGAUCCUCCCUUCAUCCUCAGGAGAUGACAGCUCCUCAAGAUGUCUCUGCAUCUUUGUCCAAUUAAAACCCUUUUUAUAUCGUUUAUGUUUAUUUUAGCGCUGCGAAACACAUCAGGGAGAGCUGGGACGCAGAAUGUGGUUUGGCAUUGUCCUGCUGAAAUAUGCAAGGUCAUUAUCUAGAUGUUUCUCCAAAACCUGUGUAAGAUCGUUCAGCGUUAAUGGUGCUAAACCAGGUCUGUGAUCCACUCGUACUAAAGCAUCCUAAUGGUAUCAUAGAAGACUGAUAGAAACCUGGGUGGUCCGAGUUAGAGCAGAGGAAGUUGCGUCUAUGAUUUUCAUAGAGAAAGUCACAUUUUGACAGUUCAGUCCAUCUAAACCAUUUGUGUUUACUGACAGUGUGAUUCCACUGCAGAGCCAUGUCUGAUUUAAAGAUCACAAUCAUCAGAAUCAGAAAUACUGUCUUAACUCAGAGGGGGGAAAUUGCUUUUUGUCACAGAACUCCAGUACCAAUACGGUAAAAGGAGGAGAUAAAUAAGUAAAAAUAAAGAGCUAAAUAGAUAAAGAUAAGUAAAACAGGUAAAAAUAAAGAGAAAAUAAAGAGAUAAUAAAUAUAGUAAUAGAUACUAAAUGUUGGUUUUCAGCUUUUAUGCACAGAGAUUUUACCAGAUACUCUGAAUCUUUUAAUAACUUCAUGUACUAGAGGAUGAAAUCCACAAAUUCUUUACGAUUUCUUGCUGAAGAACUUUUUUUAUGCUUCCAGGUAUUUUUUUAUACAACUUUUAUGACCUUAUGACGGAGUAUUAACCCUUUAACGCCUGAAACCACAAACUAUGGCCAAGAAAUUCAAAUUUUUUUUAUAGCUGAAAUUUUUAUUUCACUUACUACUGAUAAACAACAAAAAAAAAUAUGUAUGUCCUUAAAAUUUAACAAAUAUAUUUAUUUAUCUUGUUUGAUACAUUAGAUGUUUUUGGAAACUGAUAAACCACAUCAGGACAUUUUUAUCAUUUAUUCAUGUAUUCAGGUGUUUUUUAGUAAUUUGUUUAUCAUAUUGAUUUGAUAGAAGAAUCAUAAAUAUGUAUCAAAUAUGAUACAAAAAUAUUUGUAUUUUUACAUACAUAUAAAGGGUUAGGGCCACAUAAAAAAAAAAUAAGACUUUGUCGUUACUUAUGACAAUAAAGUCAUAAAAAGUAAUUAUUUAAAAGAAUAAAGUCAUAAUAAAAUCAUUAUUUUCGAGAAUAAAGAUGUAAAGUAUUUAUUUGUAUUUGUAUUUGUAUUUAUUUAGCACAGAUUAAAAACAGUACAUGGAGGGGACGAAGCCAAAAGGUGCAGACGACAAAGUAACUCGGACAUAGACAGGUUACACAUGUACAAUGAUUAGGGAAAGGUCAAACAGAUAAUCAUCAAACAGUGAUAAAGACAAUAAAGUAUGCAUAAAAAGGGAAGAAACGUGAUCAUAACAAAUAAUGAUGUAUUUAAGACAUGAUCAGAGGAGAUUUUAAUGAUAUUUUAAGGGAGUUGAGGGAUGAUAUUGAUUUUAGAGAUGCAUCCAGAUUAUUCCACAGUUUCGGUCCUCUAAAAGUGAAAUUAGACUGAUGACUAGAAGUUCGACAAAGUAAAGUCUUAAAAGUGAAGUGGAGUCUUAAAGCUGCUUUUGUGGAGGAGGAGGAAUAAUGAUUUUCCUACGACUUUAUUUGACCUAGGUCUGACCUAGGUGUUACUGCUUUUAUACCAUUUUUAAGCUCACACUAUCCGUCAGAUACUCUCAGAUUAUAAAAACAGAGCGUUUUGCGUCACCUUUGGAGGGUGUAGCAGAAAUUCAAAGAGGUGUUGUGUUUGACACAUAUACACCCCCGUGUGAUAUUAUCAGAAACUGAUCACAAACUCGUGCGUAGGCCUUAUUUAUAGUCACAGUUGGACACUUUCUCCUCUGCUUAUCACUCCUACAGGUGAUAAUAACCCACCUGCCCUCAUUUUCAUGCAGAAAAGGGGAAAUCCAAACAUCUAAACGUUGAGAGCAUAAACAUGGUCCAAAAAUCCCCCUGCUUUUGCAUGCAGAGGUGUUUCAGUCUGAUUCUGACCACCGAAUAAUCAUCUUUAAAAAAAAAAGGACUACCACCGAGGAGAGACUGUCAACAUUACUCAUCGCGCUUCGGUUUGUAGUCACUUGAAGAAAAACGGGGUGAAGCCACAUCCUGGCACUGUCACACUGUUGUGGUCGAUAACUGUCACAUCUCCGAGCCGCCUGAAGUGUGUCAACCUGCGUGAAGAGUGUUAAACGCAGUAGAAGUCUCUCAUGAUCACUCCCACUCAGAGGGGUUUCAUCCUCAGCCCUCGCAUGAGUUCCCAUGCCCCGACUGAACCCUCAGAUAAGAUAAGAUUAUAUUGAUAUUUAUCAAUAAAUCAUACAAAAGAAAAAUCUACCUGCAUUUUCUUCACUUUACAGAAGUGGGGAAAGUUUGCCCAGAGAGUGACAGAUUUAGUGGGUGUGGAAUAAAGCCCAGAGGCAGUGGAGCAGGUGAAAUUGUUCCAGCAGGUAGAGAUCAGGGCAGCAGAGAUAAAGCACACAGCAGCAGCAGCAGCAGUGGCGGCAGCGGCCCCGUGGACACGCAUUAGUCUCAGCUCACUUCCAUCCCAUUUGAAAGGCUUGAUCAAAUACACAGCUCAGCCGUAACUAGACAGUGUUACGACGGCUCAGACGAGACUAUGAUAAAGAAGUGAUGAUACAAUACAUAUGGUUACAUAUUAGGAUACUGCUAUCUGACAGUUAACACGUUUGUUUGGCUUUUUAGUGUUUUUGUGCUCAAGUCCUUUUUUUUCUGUACAGCUCCAUUUUUAAAAGUUAUUAGAGGGUUCAUACUCUCUAUGAUUGACACUUGAUACAGCCUAUGCACUUAUGAAAAUUGCGUAGCUCACCUGGGGGCAGGGAUUUUUUUUGUACGAUGGUAGGGGAAGGUCCUGCCUCCUUCACCUACGAUUGGUUAUUGCUUAUGGCUGUGAAACAUCAUCGUCUGUCGGGUUCGGGUUAUGCUGCGUCAGAUUUUCCGUCGGUAGUCAGAUGUCGGAGCUGAAAAUGACGUCACAUCGAGUUCCCAGCGAUCCAAAAAAAGCAAAAUCAAAGGUGGAAACAAGAUGGCUACAUCUACGAAAGUUAUUUUAGCACUUGCCUCAUAUUCAGACAAGGCAAGCGCUAAAAUAACUUUGGUAGAUGUAGCCAUCUUGUUUCCACCUCUGAUUUUGCUUUUUUCUCACUUGGUAACUGAAACACUGGUAACUCGAGUGUGAUGAAUUUUCCUAGCCAAUCAGAGGCGAAGGAGGCGGGACCUUUCCCUACCAUCCAAUGAAAAAAAAAUAUCACACCUGGGGGCAGGAUAUUUUUGUCGGAUGGUAGGGGAAAGUCCCGCCCCCUUCGCCUUUAAUUUGCAAGAAGUGCUGGGCUCCGAUUGGUUAUUCCUUAUGGCUAUAAAACGUCAUCGUCUGUCAGGUUAGGAUUAGAGUCAGGUUUAGGAUUAGGGUUAGGAUUAGGAGAUUCAAAAUUGCGAUAAUGUUCUGUAUUGUCCUGUUGGAUGUACAGAACCGACAGCCCGCACUCAGCUUGAGCGUGUAAUGACGUUUCACAGCCAAUCAGAGGAGAAGGAGGCGGGACCUUUCCCUGCCAUCCUACAAAAACAAAUAUCGCACCCGGGGGAUACACUGUUUGAGCCGAGCAUCAUCACAGCAACUUUCGGCGACUCUCCUGCCGAAUGCGUACAACGCUACUGCGCAAUGUUGGUUUCAGGAAGUGGAGAAAAAUCGCAGAAAUACCGAGAGCUUCUUGGCUUCAAAUCUGUAUACUGGUGGAAAGCGGAACCGAGUUGUCCAUAUCCUAUGGUUGAGCAAAAUGGCUAAAAGCAGCAGUUGUCGACUAAGAUGAGUUUUUUAACAGCUGAGACCGACACCGAUACUUACAGAGAAGGUCAGCUGAUUGGCCGAUACCAAUGAUGGUGAAGCAUCAUAGAAGCUUCAGCUGAACUUUGUUGUUUUCACUGCAGAGAAAGAGGAAUAUGGAGUCGUUCAUAUUCUGUGUGAGCAUUACUCAAACACGUACUUGACAAUAAGACCAGUAACCCACCGGAUCUGUGGUCUGAGUGUUGGUUAGCCAUCAGUCCACUCGCUCCACUUUCUCUUUCUCUCUAUAGUCACUACAAUCAGCCUCAAACCUGCAGUCCUAUAAACCCAUGAACACACACAGAGUACACCCUUCUGCACACAAACACUAUAUUAGCAUGCAAAUACUUGCAGACACGCAAACACACACAGUCCAGCUCUCAGCAGGUAGUGUGUGUGUGUGCAGAGACUGAGUCAGCGACUGAACAGUGUGUAUCUCUCUCCUCUCCAAACGCUGGUCGUUAAAUAAAGCUGCUCAUUGGUGCAGAACUCAGGAGCCAGACACUCACCUAUUGAACAGACUCGCCUGAGUGUUCCCCAGACCCAGCCUCAAAUACCCAAACCGUGCCAACCCUUCAUUAGCUUCAGUAAAGCCCCUCUGUAUGUCGCCCCGCUGUGGUGCUCCUGCUGCUGCUUCUCUGAGCUGGUUUUAUACUCAGGAAAAACCCUGUGGCAGCACCGGGGAGAUGAAAGUUUCUUUAAGGCUGAAGGUGUCGGAGGGGAUUCCUCCGCAGACUAGAAUAAACAGGGACGCUGACGGUGUGACGACAGCGCAGCACCCAGUUUGGCUGCUCCUGCAGUUUUGCAGCCCUCUGAUGCUGCCCCGGCUAUAAAAUGCGCUCAGUGUUGAAGCUGCUGUAACUACGUGGGCUGUUUCUCUUUUCACAUCUGCAAAUGAUCAGAUAGAGAGGGUGGCCAGUGAAACACAGAGAGAGAGAGAGAGAGAGAUGGAGAAAUAUGAGUUUGUUACAUGGAGGGGAUCUCUGCUUUGAUUGCUCAAUUUCAGCUUCAAACUUCCUCACUUGUGCUGAUAAAGAACUUUAUCAUUUCAGCUGUUUUAACGAAGUUUAGCUUUUAAUGGAAGCCUCAUGGUUUGACGGCUCCAGUGAGGCAUGUCAGGGGUGAUUUUUACUCCUGGUAGAGAUCUGGUUUAAAGGGAUAUUCCGGCAUAAAACUAAGUUAGGGUCAAACACACCAUAACACAGAGUAAGACAUCCCUCGAGAGAUGAAUGUUGCCAACCGCUUUCUUCUCUAGUUAUACCAACUUUAGUAACGACCACAGGAUAGUAAUACACAGCGGUCUGAGGAGCCAAAAAACAAACCUCAACCAAAACGCCACUCUAUAGCCACAAAUAACGCCCAGAACAGCACCUAACUUCAUCAACAGGACAUAUAGGGUCACAGCCAUUAAUCAUUUUAGCUUUGUCUAUUUUCUAUUGCAAAGAGACCAAACACAACUCACCUACUCUCUUCCAGCAGCUGCUUGGACUAUAGCGGGGUGUCGCAGCUCAAGGAAGAACAUUUAUGAUCAUUUCUUUAUCAUUUCCUUGAAGUAAUAAUCACCAUAUUAAUCAUUUGUCUCUGCAGACGCGGUAGUUCUUCUGCCUUAGCGUCUCGGUCUGAUUGUAUUUCCAUGAAGAAAUGAUCAUAAAUGUUCUUCCUUGAGCUGCGACACCCCGCUUUAGUCCAAGCGGCUGCUGGAAGAGAGUAGGUGAGUUGUGUUUAGUCCCUUUGCUAAAGAAAUUGGUCAAAAUUAAAAAGAUAUUUGGUGUCUAGUACUAUGUCUGUGACCUUAUAUGUCCUGUUGAUGAAGUUAGGUGCUGUUCUGAGCAUUAUUUGUGGCUAUAGAGUUUUGGUUGAGCGCGUGGCUCUCUGUAUUGUUACUAAAGUUGGUAUAACCAGAGAAGCAAGCGGUCAGCAACAUUCAUCUCUCCACGGGGUGUCUAACUCGGUGUUAUGCUGUGUUUGACCCUAAAUUAAUUUUACACCGGAAUAUCCCUUUAAUCCUAGCAGGAGUUGUAACUUUCUCGUUGCAGAUUGAUAGUGACAGUAUAAAGGAAACACAGUCGUUCUCAGCCUCUCUUAUUUCCUGUAUAAGACCACAGUAUGAGGCUGUCAGCUGUUAAUCUGCUCAAAGGUAACAGGAGGGAAUUCAACCUUCAUACGCUGAAACAUCUCUUCACACCAUCUGUGUCGAGCUCUGCUGUUUAUCUGUGAGCCCAGCGCCUCGAAGUCGCUCGUGUGUGUGUGUAUGUGUGUGUGUGUGUGUGUGUGUGUACACUGGCACUUGGAGACAUUAUAGGCUGGUGCCACUGCUUCCACUUUGCCUCAGGGAACUCAUUAGGUCGAUGAGUAAUAUAAGUAUUUCAAAAUGGGCCAAAAAAGCUUUUUGCCUGUAACUAAGUCAUUAGGAGGAUUGUGUGUCUGUGAUUUAGUUACCACGGUGACGGGCUACACUGCGAGAUUGUGUUUUUUUUUUUAACAUAAGUGUUAGAAUCUAAAAAUCAACAUUUUGGUGAUUCAUUUAGCAACGUGUUACCGCAGAAAGUCACCAACGGAAGUUUUCUUGCUUUUACGACACGCCUGGUUACAGUUACAGACGAUAAACAAGGACGGGUUAAAGUUUUGGUCAGGUGUGGAGAGGUCAGCGAGCAUGCACACACACACACACACAUACACACAGAUUCCACUCAAACCAGGAAUCUCACAAUAAGGUAGCUGCCAAUCCUAACAGCUGUCUUGUAAACCCGCUGUGGUGACACUUCCUGCUGAAACCCUCUCCUUGUAACUUUGAUUGCGGUGUGUGUGUUACAGGACCUGUUGUGUAAACACUUGUGUUGUCGUCGUUGUUGUUGUUGUUGUUUCUCUAAUUCUGACAUCCAUGUAUAGCCUGAUGAUUCACGCUGACUCCUGUUGCCAUGGCUGCAUUUGUUGUGCUUCCUCCUCAAUGGGCCUGUGGGGUCACUUCAUCUGAACAUCCACAGAGUGUGUGUGCGCCCCUGGGUGUUCCUGACACACAGCAGGAUUUCUGAUCGGAGAUGUUUGAGAUCGAAGACUUUAAAGGGAUAUUAAAGGGAGAGAUGAAUGUUGUCGACCGCUUGCUUCUCUAGUUAUACUAACUUUAGUAACGACCGCAGGAUAGCAAUACAGAGAGCCACGCGCUCAACCAAAACGCCACUCUAUAGCCACCAAUAAUGCUCAGAACAGCACCUAACUUCAUCAACAGGACAUAUAGGGUCACAGACAUAGCAUUAGCCAUAAGCAAGCGGUCGGCAACAUUCAUCUCUGGAGGGGGAGGGGGUGUCUAACUCGGUGUUAUCCCUUUAAUGGUGGAGAGAGGAGAGCAGGGAGAGGAGCAAGAGGAGGCAGGUGUGUUUAUCCAUGAGCGUCUGAAAAGCCAACGGACAGAAAGAGGGCGAAGAGUAGAAACAAGCCCAACUCUUGACAUGAUUAAAGAUGUUAUGAAUCAUGUGUCACCUCCUUUACCAACACUCCUCAUAAACACGGCCAUUAUCGCUCCUCCAUCGUCCCUUUUGUUUCAUUUUAUUGUGAAAAGAUUCAAACACAUAUCCUGCGCCGCUCUCUAACAACUCUCUGUUUCUUUGCUUUGCAGUGAAUGAGAUCAUAAGAAAGGAUCUGACCGGCGUUCAGGCCAGAGGGCAGACAUAGAGGAGGGACUCGAGAGGAAAUGACAACAUAUCCCGCCUCCCCACGGACACACACAAAGACGGACACACACACGCCACGUCCUUAACCUUCGAGAGAGGUGACGCACAUCCACCAACAAUCAGGCCUUCUCUUCCUCAUUCGCUUCACCCACACAGAUAGAAAUAUCAGCUCCCGGCUGCUGUGUUUGCUUUGGACGUUUUCCCACCAAUAAACAGGAGAAUUCAUUAAAGCUGUCAGAUUGAACACGCAGGCAUGUUUCAGACAUGAGGAACGAUAGCAGACAGUGCCUUACGCUAAAAAAAAAAACCUUUAAAUCAAUAAAAAACUUGUCAUAACGUCAAACCAAAACAACUGAAAAGCUUUAUACAACUGUAAACCAAAACUUUGUCGUCUCUCUUGUGUUGUGUGUUUUCUCUAACAUGCUGAUCAUCUCAUUUUAAAGUGCAUUUAUCUCAAUGAAGUGAAGCGCACAUCACCUUAAGCCUUUACAGUAAACUGUUGUGACACCUCCUAAUAUGCACUGUUUUCAAAAUAAGAGGAGGUCCAUGAUAUAAAUAUAUAUAUAUAUAACUUUUUAUAUAAUAACUGAAUCAUGUGAAUAAUAAUGCUGUGUUUUAUAUUCAUGAAAUAUAUAUUUGUACUGCAUUAUAGUCCGCUCAUGACGCCAAAGACGCUUCAAACUGCCUGCAGCGAUGUUACGAGUUUACCUUUUUAAAUGAUUUCGAUACUGGAGUUGGUUUCUUAUUAAAUCGUAACAUGAGAAAUUAUUUAAAAACGUAUCUUUAGAGUUUUGUACGCUCAAAUUUAAAGGCUUUUUUCUGAUGUUUGUAUUGCUUUAAAUGGAGAUAAUAUCCCAAAGCUCAUACAGUAUGUUGUGUUUUAUUUUGUACAGCUGAGUCCGAUCAGUGAACUCAAAGCUAAAAUACGUGCCUAUGCAGAAGCUUCACACUCGCCGAUGUAAAAAGCAAACCUGAUGAGAAUUUGCUUUAAAGGGGAAAAGUAGAUGACGGAUAUUUUUGUAAUAUUUUACAGACUGGAUUGGAGCUCAGAGGAUAAAAAAUGCCAUCAGAUUAUUGUAAAUAUGAAACUGAAGAAACACCUUCGACUGAAUCUAAAUGUUUGUAUCUGAUUUUUUAAGACAAUAAGAAUUAAUUCUAAUAAUUGAGCCAGUGCAGCACAGAUGCAUUUGAAUGUACUCCACGUUAAAUAACAUUUAAAAUAACCUUUUUUUUUUUUCAUUUUGUAAAUAUUUGUCAUAAACUCUGUCCGUCCACGUGUUUGGAUAAACUGAAUAGACCAAAAAGGGAAAAGUCCUGUUUCUGUCUGUUUUAAUACACACACAUGUUAUAGUUAUAUUAUCUGAAGGGAAAUCUGACAUGUUAUGUUCAAGCUUUAAGUGUCUCUUUAUAGGUGAUGUUUUUGUUGUUAUUUUUUAAUCUGAACAGAAAUCCUCUGCAAAGAAAAAAGGUUAUUAAUGCUGUCUUAUUUGAUUCUCCGUGUUGAUAGCUGUCACAUCUCGUUUGAUUGUUUUAACUCGAUGUUCUGUGUCUAUCCCUCUGAUAUUUUUGUAUCCUUAAAGUAGCAAUAAAUAAUAUCCGUAUACGUAA